CCCCUCGGCCCCCCCCGCAAGGUACCUGUACGUGAACAGCCGUGCCUGGCCCCGGGACUGCGUCAUCUCCGACCCGAUGCAGCCGCCCCCCAUCGCCGAGGAGAUCGACCUGCACGUGUUCGACCUGAAGACGAUGAAGGAGGUGAAAAGAGCCCUCCGCGCGCAUCGGGCCUACACGCCCAACGAGGAGUGCUUCUUCAUCUUCCUGGAUGUCAGCAGGGACUUCGUGGCAAGCGGGGCGGAGGAUCGCCACGGCUACAUCUGGGACCGGCACUACAACAUCUGCCUGGCCAAGCUGCAGCACGACAACGUGGUCAACUCGGUGGCGUUCAGCCCGGUGGAGCAGGAGCUGCUCCUGACAGCCAGCGAUGACACCACCAUCAAGGUGUGGCGCUCCCCUCGCGCCGUGCGCGUCCAGCAGUCCAGGAAGCCCAGGCCCAGGAAACUGCUCUUCUCCUGGCUUAUGAACCAGAAAAGCUGAACCCAGGUACACCUGCUCCUGCAGCUUCCUCACUGCAGCCACCUCCUCUGGAGCUUGCAGAGCUCUGAGCCCUGUGCGACAGAGACGAGCUCUGGGCACGCAGAUCCCGUCUGCCGAGUCAGG